CUGGAGAAGCAGAGCUUCGAGGCUGCAGUUCAUGGGAUUAGUACAUGUAAUUAGGCUUUUACCUGUGCUUCAUGUGCAGCUGAUCUGCUGAGGGGCUCCCUGCAGAAGCAAGCUGGAAGAAAAGCACUUUCGACAGCCCUCUUGUUUCGGUGUCUGAACUUGGACCAGUCCUACCCACACGGUCAUUCUAACAGAAGGUGCCAACAUGCUGGAGCAGGUUCUGUCAUUUGGCCGCUCCCUGGUGCGCAGAAAAGUGGUCGACCUGAGCAGCCUGGAGGACUCGAAGCUGUGCCGCUGCCUGGGAACCGUCGACCUCAUUGCACUGGGAGUGGGCAGCACCCUGGGCGCCGGCGUCUACGUUCUGGCCGGUGAGGUGGCCAAGGGAGACUCUGGCCCUAGCAUUGUCAUCUCCUUUCUAAUUGCAGCCUUGGCCUCCGUCAUGGCCGGUCUGUGUUACGCUGAGUUUGGUGCCCGCGUCCCCAAAACAGGUUCUGCUUACCUUUACAGUUAUGUGACUGUAGGUGAGAUCUGGGCCUUUAUCACCGGUUGGAAUCUUAUUCUCUCCUAUGUGAUUGGUACCUCCUCAGUUGCCAGAGCUUGGAGUGGCACGUUUGAUGAAAUGAUAGGAGGACACAUAGAGGUCUUCUGCAAAACCUACUUCAGUAUGAACUCUCCUGGUCUGGCUCAGUACCCUGACUUCUUUGCCGUCUGCCUGAUACUGCUGCUCUCCGGGCUCCUGUCAUUUGGGGUGAAGGAGUCAGCCUGGGUCAACAAAGUCUUCACUUCAAUCAACGUCCUCGUGCUAUUGUUCGUCAUCAUCUCCGGCUUUGUCAAAGGAGACACAUACAACUGGAACAUAACUGAAGAAUCCCUCAUAAAUGUCACCAUAGUUAGAAGGAACUUGUCAGUCACGGCCAACGUGAGCAGUGAUUAUGGAGUCGGAGGAUUUAUGCCUUACGGCUUCAGUGGGACCUUGGCUGGAGCUGCCACCUGCUUCUAUGCUUUUGUUGGAUUUGACUGCAUAGCGACCACAGGUGAGGAAGUGAAGAACCCUCAGAGAGCCAUUCCCAUCGGCAUCGUGGUGUCGCUGACCGUGUGUUUCCUGGCGUACUUUGGUGUGUCAGCUGCGCUCACCCUGAUGAUGCCCUACUACCUGUUGGAUGAGAAGAGUCCUCUGCCCAUGGCUUUUGAAUAUGUGGGGUGGGGCCCCGCAAAAUACGUGGUCGCUGUGGGCUCACUCUGUGCCCUCUCUACCAGUCUGCUGGGCUCCAUUUUCCCUAUGCCUCGUGUAAUCUAUGCUAUGGCAGAGGAUGGGGUGCUUUUCAAAGCCUUAGCCCGAAUCAAUCCUAAGACGAAGACCCCACUUAUUGCCACUAUGAGCUCCGGUGUAGUAGCAGCCAUCAUGGCUUUCCUGUUUGACCUCAAAGCCCUGGUUGACAUGAUGUCCAUUGGAACGCUGCUGGCCUACUCGCUGGUCGCUGUGUGCGUACUGAUUCUCAGAUACCAGCCAGACGGAGCUAUGGAGCGGCGCGCAGGUACCAGUGAGAGGGAUUACCUGUCCCCUGAAGAGGGCGAGUCAGACCUGACAGAGUCAGAAUCCCACCUCAACAUGCUGAAGGGCGGUGGCUCCACCCUGCAGACUGUCCUGCACCCUCCUGUCUCACCCUCUGAGCUUUCCUCCAGUGUGGUCAACAUAUCUGUUGGUGUGCUAGUGCUGGUAGUGUGUGUGGUCAGCUAUCUCACCACUUACCACAUCAGCGCCAUCCUUGGUAUGGAAGUGUGGAUGCUGGCGUUGCUGUCUGUGUGUCUCCUCAUCUUCAGCGGCUGCGUCCUCAUGGUCUGCAGGCAGCCUCAGACCAGCAAGAAGGUCUCCUUCAUGGUCCCCCUCCUGCCAUUCCUGCCUAUUCUGAGCAUAUUUGUCAAUAUUUACCUUAUGGUUCAGCUGAGUGGAGAUACCUGGAUACGCUUCUCUGUGUGGAUGGCUGUGGGCUUCCUGAUCUACUUUGGCUACGGCAUGUGGCACAGUGUGGAGCGCCAGCGCCAGCUCCAGCUCCAGGGCCCUCUAAACAGCAGUAACACCACCCAGGAACACAGCAAGACCAGCAGGGAGAAGCAGGCUGGAGGAGGAAAAGAACAGGAGCGUUUCAUCUUCCCAGAGAAGACCAGCCAGUGUUAAAGUCCAAGCUCAUUCCCAGACACUGUGAGGCAACAGAUGCAUAAAAGCACACAGCAGCUGUGCCUUGAUGCACCUGUAUAAACUGCCUCACCACGCGUGCUUCAGUCACAAGCACAUUCAAGUCUGCGAAGGCAGCGCCAGUUUUCUGUAUCAGCGGCCACAACGACGGGGAGCUGCUCUAUUGCUGUGUUGGGACCACAUCCUGUAGGUCACACUGUGCUUCAUGGACAGCUUGGAGACAGCACUGAACGGACAGUUAACACAGGAGAGUGAUGUUCAUUCCCUUUAACACUGAAGCAGUCGUGGCGAGACUGCAGCAAAGCUUUUCUGUUUCAUUAUGAACUUUUUGGUGCACGACACAUUUUGUCUUUCUCUGUCAGUUUUUACAUUUUUAGCAGAUUUGUACAGAUUUCUAAGUUUUAAUCUUAGAAAUCUGUGCUCUCCAUUUAAUGGUCCAGAAUAUUAUUAGAUUUUGAUAUGUCGAUCAUAGGUGAGCAUUGUAAGUUAGUUUGUGGUUAAAGCUCUCAUCGUUCUCUUACAUGAGUGUAGGAAUCAGAAAAAGGACCAAUAUUAGGUUUAACUAGUCUAAACAUAUCUUAGAACUAUUAUGUGUAUAAUUGUUUCAUAUACAUACAUGUGAAAUUGUGAUAUCUGUAUAAAAAGGAUCAUGAAGACACUGACACAUUUAAACCCUUGUACAAUAUGUUAAAUAGUUGUGUAGGCACUUAACAUGUCAUGACUCAGCUCGGCUUAUAUGUCAGGGACCUGAAAGUAGGCCAACUGCUGGUGGAAAAUUUCAGGCUUCUGUAGGUAUUAUAUAACACAUCAUUUCUCUCUUUACUGUAGAUAUUGACUUCUCUGUAGCUGUUGUGGUGGUUUCAUUCAUCACAGGUUUACUUUUUUUAUUUUUACUUGGGUUAUGUGUUAUAUAUCUAUGAACUGUUACAACCAGAACAGGAAGUUUGUUGUUGAGACAAAAAUCUCCUCAAAAAAAGUAUUUGUAGUUUCUUUUUUCACUGUAUUUUCAUCUGCCUGUUGAUUUUGUGCUGUUUUGAUACAGCUCCAGAUGUGCUGUUGAUAUAAUCUUCAUGAAAAUAUUCUAUUUUGACUAGAGCUCUUUGCCACCUGACAAGAAGCACAUCAUUUAAUUACAAGUUAAAGUAUUAUGUAAGAAAAGGUUUGUUUUGCCACAUGAUUUAGAUGAAAGGGGUGUUUUUUUUUUUCAGGUUUCUUCUCUGUGUGUUUGGUGCCUUACUUCACAUACCAGCGUCUGUGUUGCUUCAAUAACCGGUCUGAAGAGACUUUUUGUUCUGAACUGCAUGAAGAUUCAGAGCUAACAUUCCUUCCUCUGAGCUUUUAGGGGCCACCUGCGAUUUUCUUGUACCAUGAAGAGUAAGGCUCAGUGAGCUCCAGUUUACAGUAGAAGUGCUGUCUGAUCUCUGGUCUGCCUGACUGUAGUGUUGUAGCUGUAGUGUCUGAUGUGGAGAAAUCUUUUCCAGAGGUCAGAUGCUGCAGCUGCAGGAUGCCUGUAACUGAUUGAUCGGGUAGAUUGAUAUGUGCAGUGCAGUGAUUUGAAUUAAUGUGGAACAAAUUCAGAAGCAGGAGUGAGGUGGGUUAUUGAUGAGACUGAACCUCUACAUUAACUGUGCAGAUUCUUUUAGUGAAGUUACAGGAUGAAGCACAUAGGAGUAAACACAAUGACAUGAAGUAGUGUGUGUUGUUACCAGCUGCACGGAAGAAAAGCAAUAAAUGUGUUUUCCAAGA